AUGAAGACAAAUAGACUGAAGGGUCCACUGAAACCAUUGAACCCGUUCAUAGACCAAAAGGGCUUGUUGAGAGUAGGUGGAAGAUUAGAACAUUCCCAACUAUCCUAUAAUCAGAAACACCCUCUAUUGAUCCCUAAACAGUCUUCGUUAACCACACUUUUGGUAGUGGAUGCAUACAUACAAACUUUACAUGGUGGACUGCAAUUGACUCUAAGCUAUCUUCAGUCAAAAUUUUGGAUAUCGGGCGGGAAAAAGCUAGUAAAAUCAUACUGCCGUAAAUGUGUAACAUUAUACAUGUUACACAAAAAUGCAGGUACAACCCAAAGCCCAUUGAUGGGACAGUUGCCAUCAAGUAGAGUUACUCCUACACGUCCAUUCAGAGUUACUACUACAUUCAAGCACAGUGGAGUAGAUUAUGCUGGUCCCAUUCAGAUCAGAACAACUAAAGGCAAAGGUUUCAGAUCCUAUAAGGGAUAUAUAUGCCUAUUCGUUUGUAUGGUCACUCGUGCGGUACAUAUAGAGGUUGUGAGCGACCUUACAUCGGAAGGAUUUCUAAAUGCUUAUAAACGAUUUGUGGCUAGGCGUGGUUCCUGCACAGAACUCGGGAGCGACAAUGGCACGAACAUCGUUGGUGCAGCCGUUGAACUUAAAAAACCAUGCAGAAAAUAA